AUGAAAAAAAAUGCAAUGAAAAGUCUUUUCAAAAGAGGGCGCAGAGGUAAUGCUUAUUCAACUGUAGAAAAUGCGCACGAAUUAUCUUCACAGAAGGAUGGAAACAUAUUUAAGCUCGUUGAUGGUGGAGAUGUAGCACAGAUUGAAAAGUUAGUGGAGGAAGACCUUGACUGUCUCAGCAGAAUGGAUGAAUAUAAAUCAACCCCACUGCACCAUGCUGCUGGAGCAGGUCUCCUUGACAUUUUGACAUUGAUCACUGAUCAUGCUAACUUUGAAGUUUUAAAUGUGAUUGAUUGUAAUGGAAACACACCUUUACACUGGGCUGCAGAGAAAAAUCAAACACAUUGUACCCAAGCUUUACUUGACAAAGGUGCGAACCCAAAUAUUCUGAAUAAUGCACGAAUGUCACCUCUCCAUUUGGCUGUCUCUUUAAGUUACAAUGCAGUGGUAAAGGUAUUAGCCUCACAUAAGACUACAGAGCUAAACUUGGAAGGUGAUCUUCGAAAUACACCAUUGAUGUUGGCAUGUUCCAGAGAUAAUGCUGAAGGACUUUCUAUAUUGUUGAAACAUGGAGCAUUACUAUGCAAAAGGAAUAGCCUGGGACGUUUUCCUAUCCAUGAAGCUGCUUUUUCAGGUGCAGAGAAAACAUUGGAAUUGUUACUACAGAAAGGUGAGGAACUGGGCAACCCUCGUGAAAAACAUAUAAAUUACCUUGAUGAAGGACUCCAUGCUCCUCUUCAUCUGGCUUUACUUGGGGGAAAAAUUGAGACAAUUAAAAUCUGCAUUGACAAUGGAGCAAAAAUUGAUUUACCAGAGAAGGAUAAGUCUACUGCCCUUCAUUUUGCCUGCAUGCAGGGGGCAGUAGAAGCAGUCAAACACAUGCUGUCUGAAUAUGAGGGAGAAAAUGAUAUUCUUUGUCUUCUGGAUGGCAUUAAACAAACACCAUUACACAAGGCUGCAACAUAUGACUACUCAGAACUAGUGGAAUACUUAAUUGAACAGGGAUCAGACAUGAAUAUGACUGACCGUGAAUCCCGUACUCCUCUUCUGUGGGCUGCUUCAAAUGGAGCUUGGAAUACGGUGAACCUUCUGGUGAAUAAAGGAGCGAGUAUCAACAUAAAGAAUUGCGCAAAAUGUAACUUCCUUCAUCUGACUGUUCUGCAACCCAAAGGUCUAAAAAACCUCAGUAAAGAAAUUCUUCAGUCUGAGAAAGUACAGGAGCUGUUGAACGACCAAGAUAUUGAUGGCUGUACUCCACUGCACUAUGUGUGUAAACAGGGAUUAACAGAAUCAGUGGAGAAAAUGCUGAGCUUAAAAGCAUCUCCUUAUCUGAAAACUGUAGAUAAGAAAUCAUCACUGCAUUUUGCAGCGUGUUAUGGCCGACUCAGCACUUGUAAGUUAUUGCUGCAGAAUUUAAAUGAGACCAAGCUGUUGAAUGAAGGAGAUGAGAAAGGAAUGACUCCAUUGCAUCUGGCGACACAGAAUGGACAUACCAGAGUGGUUCAACUACUCCUCAGAAAAGGAGCUCUCCUAAUGAGGGAUUACAGAUGUUGGACAAACUUACAUUACGCUGCUUCUGGAGGAUAUACUCAGACAAUGGAAAUAUUAUUACAAACUAAUGUAACACUGCUCGACCGGGUGGAUGACAAAGGGAACACUGCCCUUCAUUUGGCUGCUAGAGAAGGACACAGUCAUGCAGUAUGUCUGCUCCUGGCAAAGGGAGCUGCUAUAACACUGAACCAUGAUGAAGCCUCUUUUUUCCAUGAAGCAAUUCGCAACAAGAGAAAGGAUGCUACUUUAACUAUCAUUCAAAGUGAAAGAUUGGCUGAGGCUACGCAAGUGUUUCUUCAUGGCUCUCCCAUGCAAUGUCCUGUACUGGAGUUAAUUGAACAUCUUCCAGAUGCUUUCAAAGUCCUUUUGGACAGAUGUAUGACAGAAUCAUCAGAAGACAGGAAAAGUAUAAACUUCUCAAUUGAAUACGAUUUCAGAUAUUUACAAUGUCCACUCACACUUAAAAAACUCGCAAAGAAGGAAGAAAAUGUUCAAUAUGCACCCCUAACAGCUUUAAAUGCUAUGAUACGUUUCAAUCGAGCCGAGCUUCUGAAUCAUCCAGUUUGUACGCAGUUUCUUAAAAUGAAAUGGCAAGCGUAUGGACUUAGGGCACACAUUAUAAAUAUGGCUCUCUUUUCACUGUUACUCAUACCAUUGACGUUCCUCAUUAUUGUGUCACGACCAUAUGCCUUUGACAAAGAACGACCAAUCAUUUCCAACUUUACUCAAGGAAUGACAGGGCCCUGGAUGGAAUAUCAGGAAUCACUAUUGUAUAAACUGUGCACAAGAACUGUAUUUGUGAUGAGCAUUCUUGGUGUGUGUAAGGAAAUUUAUCAAUUGCUGCAACAGCGACUGCAAUACUUUCUUGAUUCAACCAAUCUCCUAGACUGGAGUAUGUAUGUGGCAUCCAUUUUUUUUGUAAUUCCCUGGAUUUUUGAUGUCAAAACUUCAAUACAAUGGGAGUGUGGUUCUAUUAGUGCAUUUGCAACAUGGGUGAACUUCCUAUUAUACUUGCAAAGGUUCGACAUUUGUGGAAUCUAUGUUGUAAUGUUUGGAGAGAUUUUGAACACCUUGUUUCAUAUUAUGGCUCUGUUUCUCUUCCUUAUCUUGGCAUUUGGAUUUACCUUCUACAUUUUGUUAUAUGAGCAGAAGGCAUAUGGAAGUCCUAUUCUUUCCCAAUUGAAGAUACUUGCAAUGAUGUUGGGAGAUAUUAACUACAAUGACAACUUCCUGAUUCCAUAUAGUACAGAUAAGAUGCAGUUCCCGCUUCUCACCUUUGGAAUGUUAAUUAUGUUUUUGUUGCUUAUACCAAUCCUCCUCAUGAAUUUACUGAUUGGUUUAGCAGUGGGAGAUAUUGCUGAAGUCCAGAGAACUGCAUCCUUAAAAAGGAUUGCAAUGCAGAUUUCUCUUCAUACCAGUUUGGAGGAAAAACUCCCCUAUCGGUUCCUUAACCGGGUUGACCAACAGAAAAUAGUAGUAUAUCCUAACAAGGCAAGUGGCAGUAUGGUUGAGGCUCUGGUCCGGAAUUUUUCAGAAUCACAAGUCUGUGACCCGGCCUCUGAAGUGAAAUGUCAGGGAAUUGAUUACAGAAAGCUUGAACUGCAACUGGAGAAACAGAAAUAUAGGUUGAAGGACAUUUCAGCCACAAUGGAGAAGCAGAAUGAGCUUCUAAUGCUCAUUAGUCAAAACUUGGGAAUUAAUUUUGAGGCUGCAGAGCAGGACCAAGAAACUUUCUCUCAACACAGAAAAGCAAAAGGCAACAAGAAGAAGAUGAACAUAAUGGAAUCGUGUGCUAGCAUUGAGGAUAUAUAA